AUGCAGUCCGGUAUCUCAGUGUCCGACGAACUACACUCUCGAUUCAACAGCCUCCUGUCCUCCGACACCCACUUCGGCCUUCUCGCCACCAUCCAAUCCGAAACCCUUCAACCCCUCGAGUUCCUCCCUCGCGUCUCCCCUUCCGCCUCCUUCACCGACAACCUCACCUCCCUCGCGCAGCACCUCACGCCCAAUGAAGCCCUAUACAUCAUCCUCCGCCGCUACGACACGAUACCGCGCCUCGUCGCCGUCACCUACGUCCCCGAUGCCGCGAAAGUGCGCCAGAAGAUGCUGUUCGCAUCGACCCGUCUGACCCUGACCCGCGAACUCGGCACCGAGCACUUCCGCGAGACCAUCUUCGCCACGACGCCCGGGGAACUCAGCCCGUCCGGCUUCGCCAAGCACGAUGCCCACAACGACCUCGACGCCCCGCUCACCGAGGAGGAGAAAAGCCUGGGAGCCGUCAAGAGGGCCGAACAGGAGGCUGGUUCCGGCACGGGCGUCCGCGAGAUCCAUCUGAGCAAGAGCCUCUCCAUGCCCCUUACCGAGGAUGUCAUCGCGGCGAUGAAGGAGGCUGCGCAAGAAGGAGGCCGGGUGUUGACUAUGCUUAAAAUCAACCCCGACACCGAAGUCGUCGAGCUCGUCCCCUCUACCGAAGUCCCGACAUCCAUCUCCGAGCUGGCCCAGACCAUCUCCCCCACCGAACCUCGCUUCACCUUUUUCCGGUACUCGCACAGCCACAACGGUGACACCUCGUCGCCCAUGCUCUUCUUCUACACCUGCCCCAUCACCCCGGGUAACAAGGCCAUCAAAACCCGCAUGCUGUAUCCCCUGAUGAAACGGGCCGUUCUCUCCGUCGCCACCGACGACGCGGGGCUAGACCUGGCCAAGAAGUUCGAGGUUGAGGAGCCAAGCGAAAUCACCGAAGACUUGGUCCAUGCCGAACUGCAUCCCAAGGUCGAGGCUCGACAGGCAUUCAGACGGCCGAAGCGACCCGGUCGGUGA